CCCCACACACACGUAACUCUCUAUCAAGCUGAUGUAAAGAGGAGUAGUGUUCUCAAAGCUGUCACCUUCGAGGGGUGAAAAAUUAAAAUAGCCGUUUACACGUUAUCACAACAAUGUUUUCGAAAAGAGAAAUCCUGUCUCCGUACAUUGUUGAAAUCUCAAUAUUUUCAUUACCUUUUAACAAUUGUUCACGUGUAAGUGGUCAGGGUACAUAAAGACUAUCCACUAACAUUUUUUGUUCCUUGGUGUUCUCAAGCCAUGGCUGGUGCCUUAAAGAAACUGCCCAUUGUGAUGUCAUGAAACUUAUUUUUUUCUUUGUGCCCGUAAUCCCACCACGUGACUACUGCUGUAGGUUGACACCUGGUCAGCGUCGAUGAAGAUUACGACACAGGCGUAAUGGAUGACUGGACACCUAGACGCUACCCCCUUGAGGCUACCGGCAGUUGUGUAAUCUGGCCACGAGCCGUGAGAACUACUUGAAUUUCUGGAAAGUUCGACGUUUCAACAAAAGAAGAUUGACAGCUGAGCGUGGCCCUUUAACCAAUCAGAACUUUGGGUUUAACUCCCGCCAAAAUGUGACGCUUCGUUUGUCAUCAUUUUUAUACUCUGGCAAAACGUUUGUCUGUACCAUUUCUUUACCCUCGUUGUCGAGUGUAGAGUGCAUUGUAUUGCUGUUUUAAUGAGUCCACGUUGUCAUCACUAUAUUCAAAAAGUGCGCCGGCUUUUACUGCAAUCUUCAGAAUCCCCAUCUGGUUCCUGGUGAUUUUUCUCAGGCUUUUAAUCAGUCUUUGAUCACUUCCGAGUAUUUCUUCAUUUCACAAUGAGUUCUGUGGAGCAGAUUCGUGUCAUCCAGCUGCAUAAAGAGGAAGAUGUCUUCCACUACAACCGCAUCCAUUACUCGUCCGUCUUGCACCAAGGACAACGCAGCAAGAUUCUCUUGGCGAGGAGCAACAUCAUCCCUGACAAGAAAUUCGCUAUCAAGCAGAUGCCCCUUCUCUCUGAUGAGGAUAGAGAUCGCUUCACCCGCGAGCUGUGUCUGAUGAAACUGGCUGUUGACAUACGUGGAGUUGUGACUUUGUUGUCUUAUCCCGUCAUCUGUGGACCCACCGGCUAUAUCCUCAUGCUCUCGCAAAGAGGGAAACUGACCUACUACAGAUGGAUGAAAGUGUUUGUCAGGACGGCGGUGUCUCUUCGAAGCCUGCACAAGAAGAAGAUUUAUCAUCAGGAUUUGAGGCCACAGAACAUCCUCCUCACUGACUCUCACGUUGCCUUCAUCUCUGACUUUGGUGCUGCGAGUCUACUCCCUGAGGGAUGUGACCAGGUGGACACGUGGACAGCUGGUUUCCGGGGACCCGAGGCGGACCAGGAGGGUGGUCCCUUCUGUCCAUUCCAACUGGACACCUACAGCCUGGCUGUCAGCAUGUGGCAGGUACUGUCUAGUCUGUGUCCAGUCAAGAACAAGCCUUUGGAUCACCUAGACAACAUCCCCCCGCAGUACGCUGCCUUGUUGAGAAACCUUCUUGUUCCGGAACCCGACAGGAGAUGGACCCUGGACAAGUUCCUCACUGAGGCUCUGGAGCUGCACCCGGACCUGUCCUGUCUUCUCUGAGACGUUUGGAUCCCGUCUGUGGCGUUCUAAAGAUAGUUAAAAGACAGUCUCGACUUCUCACUGUUAAGCUUUCUAGUUUGAAGCUUUAUACAACGCCUUUGAUAAACUGAUGCCAAUGUUGUAAUAUUGUUCUGAAUUAGAGCAGGUCCAAAAGAGAGAGAGAGAGAGAGAGAGAGAGAGAGAGAGAGAGAGAGAGAGAGAGAGAGAGAGAGAGAGAGAGAGAAAGAGAAAGGGUGAUACAGAGAGAAUGAGAGGUAAAGGCACUGAUUACAAAGUGGCUAGAUUGAAAGUUAGUGAAAGACAGUGUGUGUGUAAGAGAGAGAGAGAGAGAGAGAGAGAGAGAGAGAGAGAGAGAGAGAGAGAGAGAGAGAGAGAGAGAGAGAGAGAUAAUAUAAUAAAAAGUUGUGGUUAGUCUUUCUUUACAUAGUACUGUGUUCGUGAUCUUGAUGUGAUGUAUAUGUGCCCAAUAAAUAAAAACAAAGCCAAAAAACGUCA